CUCUCUCUCUCUCUCCCCACUACAAUCUCUCUUUCUCUCUCUCUUUUACACACUGGGACACAACUGCUAGUAACACCGGCAGAACUAAGGGGAGCGAAAGACAACUAGCGAUCUCGAUAAAAGCCAAGGGUGUCCAACUCUGGAAAGCGGACAAGGCACGGAACGGCUCUUACCGGCGGACCAGCACGAGCAGACGGACGCGGCACGUUAACAGACAAACCGACUGACACUCAGACCAAAUAGACAACCUGAAAGGCACUCACACUCCUGGGCCGACUGACUGAUAAGCGGCCAGACUGACGCACGUACCGGCAAAGUGCUGCGCGACACGCUUAUCGAGAGACGCACUACGCGGCCCAGCACACUGACGCGCUGAAAGGGGUCCAAUAUAAAUGGCUGACAAGCAGAUAAGUUUGCCUGCCAAGUUGAUCAAUGGGGGCAUUGCUGGGCUGAUCGGGGUGACCUGUGUGUUUCCCAUAGACCUGGCCAAGACCCGCCUCCAGAACCAGCAGAAUGGGUCGCGCCUCUAUUCCAGCAUGUCAGACUGUCUUAUCAAGACCAUCCGAUCGGAGGGCUAUUUUGGGAUGUACAGAGGAGCUGCAGUGAACUUAACCCUGGUGACGCCGGAAAAAGCCAUCAAACUGGCUGCAAAUGACUUUUUCAGAUACCACCUCUCCAAGGAUGGUCAGAAGCUCACCCUCUUAAAAGAGAUGCUGGCUGGAUGUGGGGCCGGAACAUGUCAGGUCAUUGUUACUACUCCUAUGGAGAUGCUGAAGAUUCAGCUGCAAGACGCUGGACGACUCGAGGCCCAGAGGAAGUUAAUGCCGGAGGCAGCGGGGAGGUCAGUGGGAGCCAAGUCUCCCACAGCUAUGCAGCUGACCCGCGAUCUGCUGAGGAGUAAAGGCAUUGCAGGGCUCUACAAAGGGCUGGGAGCCACACUGCUCAGGGACGUGCCCUUUUCCAUCAUCUAUUUCCCUCUAUUUGCCAACCUGAAUGACCUGGGCAAGCGUGGUGCUGAGGGUCCUGCUCCCUUCUACGUGUCCUUCAUCUCAGGCUGCAUCGCAGGCAGCACGGCUGCUGUGGCUGUCAACCCUGUGGAUGUAAUAAAGACCAGACUGCAGUCUCUAUCGCGCGGGAGCCAGGAGGACACGUACACCGGGGUGACAGACUGCAUCAGAAAGAUCCUUCAGCGGGAGGGUCCCACUGCCUUCCUGAAGGGGGCGUACUGCCGAGCCCUUGUCAUCGCCCCCCUGUUUGGCAUCGCUCAGGUGGUCUACUUCCUGGGUGUAGGGGAGUUCAUCCUCAGCUUCCUUCCAAAACGGGGCAAUUAACCCCCUCCACUCCCCCUUCCCAUCAUGCAAUGCACCAGCUGGGGCCCCUACCACAGUGGAAUGGGGGAAGGGGCUUACUUGGGGUCCCAGCACAUUGAAGACCAGCUGAGAUCUGUGUAAUAGUGUAUUAUUGAAUGUUGUGCUUUUGGAGCGAGUGUAAGUGGGAAAUUUGUUUGCCAAGCUGCUGGGGUGGGGGAGACAGGGGUGGCUUCUGAUUGGCUAGUGUGUCUGCCAACCUUCACUCUAAUGCCCCCACCUCAAUCACCUUAUUCAUCUAAUUAAUCAAUGUGAUAUUAUCAAAACCGCCACGUGAUCAAAUGCUGCCCCGCACAGGCAUCCAUCUCAGCUUCUGUAAAACACCCUGUGUCUGUAGACGGAAGCGUUAAACCAUCGAAGCACUCAGGUCGGUUAGGCUGAAAGCUGCCAGCAUAACGAUACAUUUCUGUUCACUUUCAGCGGGAAUCAGAUCAUUAAAUGCAACAGGUAAUUAAACUCAGCAGGCCUAUGAACCAGCCAUGCAAAGGAACGCAAUCCACAAUGCAACCUAGCAUGCACUAUAGUCAAGCGGUUGGCUCGGUUUGUAGGAAUGGUCCGCUAGCCUUGCAGAGGACUCCAAGCAGGGAUGAGGAAGCCGGCAGCUUGAGGGUUCAAGUUUUUCUUAUUAGGCUUAUUAUGUGAGAACUAUACAGAACGGGUUCUAGGAGGCUCCAAACAGCAGAAUCACUGAACCACAGCUUCAGCCGACGGCUUCCUUUGGCAAGCGAUAUCCUCAGGAGUCAAGAGAUUUGGUAAUGGAGACUUGCAAGUCAGAUAGUCUGCCCCCUGGUGGUGUAGAUCAUCGUUGCUUAAUUGAUUGAUGACACCUCCCUUGCUGUUUGCGUGUCAGUACCACCCACACUACGCAGCUGUGACAGAACAUGCUUUUCUGAUUGGAUGGAUUUUUUUUUUCCUUUGUUGCGCCUGUUUAAGUGCAGUUAUCAGUAGGUAGACCAGACAGGUUAAACCCUUCGAAGGAGCUGACUUGCAUGUAAUGGGACCAGAGGCAGAAAUUGACAUUGUGAGUUUGUCCGCCUGUCUGGAUGUUGAUACAUGUAGACCUAGCUGGAGCUAAAUGACGCGUCUGACUUGGGAUGCGUCGCAUUUUAACGUCACGACUGCAUUGUGCAUUGUGAUCAUGAAGUGCAAUUUGGCAAUAUGCUAUCAUGUCGUGGAGCGGAAUCAGCUUGUCUGUAUAUCGAUCUCUUGUUUUUCUUAAUAUCUCUAUAUAUUUCUAUGUAUCACCUUAUUGAGUCUAUCUGCGUGUCCACAUAUAGUGUAUAUGCGCAGAGAUGAUGCAGAUUUUUAGCUGUGUCGUUUUGUCGUUGUUAUUCUGAAUGUGUAGCUUAUUUGCACAGCUACCUCUCCCAGAUCCCGGCUCGGUACUUGCUGUUGCGCCUCGUAACAGCAGAAAUCGAUGGGGACAGUGACUCCUUACCACGUACUGUGUAAGAUGGCCGGUGGAACAUUAACAGCAAUUCCCUAAAUCCUGAAAGGACCCCCCCCCCUGUGUCUCACCUCUGCCAUUGAGAGGGUUUGGACUGGAGGGUGGGGCCACCACAGUUCUGGCGAUUAGGAGGGACAGCGAGUCGCUACAAGGCACUGUCUCCUUCUUACCAAAAAGGCUUCCCCAGUAACUCAGGCACUGGAGCCAAAUCCUCAUGCCAGACACCCAUCACGUGACCAGUUUGCAAUUCCACAGAAGUCAUAGCCAGUACGAUACGGCGGAGGUUACGUGUAUCUAAUCAUAUAUGAUUAAGUGGCAUUUUUGAAAUCUGCUCGAUUACCUAUUUGUAUAAUGUCUCUUUGGGUGCAAUUUCAGAUGCAUUGAGUAUAAGCCAUGGAGGGGGGGGGUACUGUUUAUUGCGGCCUCCUGCAGGACGGUGUGCACCUCCAGCACUGUUCCCGUCACCUGACAUGUGGGUGUGUACUUUUUAGACUCCUCCUUCCCACAAGCAUGCUGGCCGAAUCCAUAGGGAACAGGGGAGGUGCUCAUGUCAAUCAUUUGGUGUCCAAGGCUAAGUUGGGACCAGUCAGGAUUGAAAUAGGGAAAACGGCUGAGUUUCCCGUGACCUCCCAGUGACCCCAGUUCUACUGUUAUGGCAUUUAUGAAUAUUCCAUCUGCAGGCUCAUCUCAUAUUAGCAUUGUCAAUAUUGUUAUUGAAAUUCUUAUUAGAGCUCCUUAGAUGUUAGGGCAUACCCUUUAAGUGUGAUGACAUGUCAGUUAGUUUCCUGCUCUGUGAAUGUGAACAGAAUAUGUGAAGGUGUUGCUAUAACCGGGUGUGUUUUCUUGUGUUUUUAUGCGUGUGUUGGUUUGGUGCUGUACUAAUCCAUGCUCCAUGUUUAACUUGGGAGGGGGGAGGGGUCUUGCAGGGGGUGGGGCACACAAGCCCCACCCACCCAUCCCUAGCCAUCUUUGCCCCAACCGCUCAAUUUCACUCCCUCUUAUGGGGGACCUAAACACCAAAAACACCCCCCACGAAAAUUCUGAAACAAUAGAUAUUGCUGUAGGAAAAGCACAAGGACAAAUGUGAGAGAAGAGCACAGAAGCAUCGCUGAAGGUGGUCCCCUUUCAACCUGCAAAACAAUCACCCCCACGCAGGGACAGCACACAGCAAAGCAGGAUGUGUAGGGAUGAUCAAAGCACUAGUUUACAGCUUGUAGUUGUAGAUGCUACUUUUACAGAAUGUAAAACGGUGAAGUUUUUUUGGGUUUACGGAAGUGAAAUAGUCAUUCCAUCUUGGCGCUUUUUCUAUAGACUAUAUAUGUAUAUAUAUUCUAUAUAAAUCUCUAUGUAAUACCUAUGUAUUUAUAAAUGAUAAGCUAGAUGGGAGAAUGUAUCCAAUAUUAGGGUAGUAUGAAUAUUGUUGAUUAGUUUUGAUUAGACGUUACCUGGGAAAAGCUCAUCAUACGCUCAUUGUUCCAUGUUGAGUGCGGAGCUUAACCCAGGAGUCUGGAAUACUUUGUGCACAAGACCAAAAGUGGCAGCCAAGCAGUCGCACCCUAGAUGGGACUUCAGCUUCCGGUCCCUCUGCUCCCCUCUGCCUUCCUCCAAGAGGAAUCGUGCAUCGGAGCACUUUAGAAACACAGUAGACACUCAUGUUUGAUGGAGGGAGGGGGUUGUCGCAGAACAGUUAUGUGUAUGUAGGUGAGCUUGUAUAUGUGUGUGCGUGUAUAUGUGUGUGUGUGUGUGUGCAUGUGAGAAACGGAAGCACUGCAUUGUGAUGUCAUCGUGACCAUGUGAUGAAUUCAAGUGAAACGCACUAACAGUGCUGUUCCUUUGACACAGAUUGAUGUCCAAUUAAAUGAAAUGAUUAUGUG